CCCGCACACCCACACCCACACCACAUCAGUCCGUUACUCGUGUGCGGCGGGCGGCGGCGGCGACCGUGUACGUAGGUUACGUGCCGGCGGCCGGCAUGGGGAGGUCCCCGUGCUGCGAGAAGGCGCACACCAACAAAGGCGCCUGGACCAAGGAGGAGGACCAGCGCCUCGUCGCCUACAUCAAGGCCCAUGGCGAGGGCUGCUGGAGGUCCCUCCCCAAAGCCGCAGGGCUGCUGCGGUGCGGGAAGAGCUGCAGGCUGCGGUGGAUCAACUACCUGAGGCCGGACCUCAAGCGGGGGAACUUCACCGAGGAGGAGGACGAGCUCAUCAUCAAGCUCCACGAGCUGCUCGGCAACAAGUGGUCGCUCAUCGCCGGGAGGCUGCCGGGGAGGACGGACAACGAGAUCAAGAACUACUGGAACACGCACAUCAAGCGCAAGCUCCUGGCCCGCGGCAUGGACCCGCACACCCACCGCCCGCUCAAUGCCGUCGCGGCGGCCGCCAUGCCGCAGCAGCUCCGCGCCGUGCACGAACGCCACUUCGCCGCUGCUGCUCAAGCAGCCGGCGGCCACCACCUCCAGCCGCAGCAGCAGGAUCACUUGGCGGCUCUCUCCAGCUGCUCAGCCGAGCCCGCCUGCAGCCACAGCAGCGACGACGAGCCGGCCGGCUCCGCCACGCCGCCGCCACCGUCGCGACGGCACCUCAGCAUCGACCUCAACCUCUCCAUCAGCCUCGCGCCCUACCAGCAGCCGGGCGACGACCCAGCUGCGGUGAAACAGGAGGCCGCAUCAACGGCGAGCCACACCCACAAUGCAACAACGUCCACGUCGGCGGUGUGCCUCUGCCUGAACCGCCUCGGGUUCCAGCGCCCCGGCGAGGGAUGCCGCUGCGGCGCCGCCGCCGCAUCCUCCUCCGUGCCCAUGCAGCAGCAGCAGCAGCAGCAGCAGGCCAGCACGCAGCGCAUGUUUAGAUUCACCGCGCCACUAGAGGGAGGAGGCCUAUAGUAGCAGCACUAGUAACAGUGACAUUCAGACAUACACCUUUUUAACUAAAGCCACACAUGCUUAAUUAAUUAAUUAAAGUAGCUAGCUCCUUGUAACAUGUCCAUGAGAAAAUUAAAUCUACUCCCUUUCUAUCAGUAAUUCGCAGCUAGUAGCAUCGCAUCGGGCCAUGCAUGCAUGCAUGCAUCAUCAUCUACUCCGUAGGCGACAUAGUUCAUGAAUACAUCAUCAGCUAGCUAGCUACUUCCUCUUUUCCUCCUUGUCUUUACUAAUGGUGCCACUGCCACAGCAAGUUCAUCAUCUUCCACUAGAUCUAAUCAAGCAUAUCCCUAAUUUUGGGAAGUUAGGCCCAUCAUCUAGGGAGUGAGUGAUGCGUAGUGAUGAGAGUGGGAGUGAGCGUUAUGGUGCUGGUGGUGGUUAUGGGAAGUUAGGUUCUUGGAUGUCUGCAAGCUAGCACAUGACAUGGCCAUCCAGUGACAGUGAAUGGCCGAAUUCUCUAUGCAUAAAAAAAACUUUGUCUUGUAGAGAGGGGGAGUGGGGGGCAUGUGAGGUGCCCAUUUUUUCUGGUUAGGUGGGUAGGUAGAAGGUAUGGAAGAGGUGUUAAUGAAGGGGAUAAAGUGCCAUGGGGGAGGGGCAUGGACUGAGGAGCUUUUUGGUUAGUUAAUGACUUAAUGGUCAGAGAGCUUGGCGCGUGGUGUGUCUGGCCUUCUGGGGGUGACUGUGGAUGCCGGAGUUGGUGGGCUAAUUAGUAAUUUAAUCAUGGAUCAGUACCAUAUAGUACAGUUAUCUAAAGCCUGCUUCAGGUUUUUUGAGGAGUAUGGGGGCCGGCCAGGGUCACCUGCAGAGGCUAAAGCACAAGCAGGGUAUCAGUGGUCUGUUUGGUCUAUCUAUCGUGUUGCUUCACAGCUAUUUGUUCCUUCACAUUCCAUGGCAAGGUGUUCCGGUUUCGAGCAACACGAGGCCAUAAAUAAGCCUUUGAGCAAUCUGAAUAUGUGGAAGCUGCUUCAA